UGAGUUCUUUUCAAGCCAGUUUUAAUGGCCGCAGAUUCUCUCUGCUAAGUCUCUGAAAAAAUCUUCUUUUCCAGCGAUAAUCCGCUGAGUAUUUCACGUGCAGGCAACGUAAAUAAAUAAAGUUAACCAUGGGUGAUAAGGUUGAUACAGAAAUCAAGAAGAAGAGGACUUUCCGUAAGUUCACCUUCCGUGGAGUCGAUCUGGAUCAACUCCUUGAUAUGCCAAAUGAGCAGCUCAUGGAAUUGAUGCACGCUCGUGCCAGGAGGCGUUUCCGUCGUGGACUUAAGCGCAAGCCGAUGGCCCUCGUCAAGAAACUGCGUAAAGCCAAGAAGGAGGCUCCACCAAAUGAGAAGCCUGAGGUCGUCAAGACCCAUCUCCGUAACAUGAUCAUUGUCCCAGAAAUGGUCGGCUCCAUCGUCGGUGUUUACAACGGAAAGGCUUUCACCCUGGUUGAAAUCAAGCCAGAGAUGAUUGGACAUUACUUGGGAGAAUUCUCCCUCACCUACAAACCAGUUAAGCACGGUAGACCUGGUAUUGGUGCCACCCACAGCUCCCGUUUCAUCCCGCUCAAGUAAAUUCGAUGUUUUUAUAUUCUAAUUAAGUAAUAAAAUUUAUUUGAAGGGAGCAUA